AUAAAUACAAGAAAGUUCGAGACGACAUUAAUCAUUCAAUUUCCAGAAACAGCUUCGUCUUCUUACAAAGAACAAAAGAAAAAUGGACAUGGCGACAAGUUUCGUGUAUCCACCACCUCCGUCGAUGUUGCUCAAUACUAUGAGCGUCGUGGGUUUAGCCGCUCUUGCGCAGAUCGGUUGGUCUGAAGUGAGAGGAAACCAUCUCAAAUACUCCAAAUUCGCAUCAUCAUCAUCAUCAGCAUCACCACAACCACAAAAGCACCGAUUCGGCAGCUUCUCCAGCCGAAUCGGAAUGCUUUUGCUAUACACACCAGCCUUCCUAGCCGCCGCAGCGUCCUUCUUCGUCUUACCUUCCGAUGACCUCAGAUUCCUUCUCCUCAAAUCCGCACUUUCCCUCCAUUUCCUCAAAAGAAUCUUCGAGGUUAUGUUCAUUCACAAGUACAGCGGAGAGAUGGCUGUAGACUCAGCUUUCCUCAUAACCAGCAGCUACUUCUCCUCCACGGUCUUGAUGCUAUACAGCCAGAGCUUCGCACUUGGACUAACCGAGCCACAUUUCGAUCUGAAACUCCUCGGGGUUGUCAUGUUUGUUGUGGGAAUCGUUGGGAAUCUCUAUCACCAUGUUCUUCUAGCUAAGCUGAGGAACGAAGAAGGUGGGAAGAAAGUGUACAAGAUACCAAAAGGAGGUCUGUUUAAUACAGUCAUAUGCCCUCAUUACCUGUUCGAGAUCAUUGUGUUUUGGAGCUUCUUUAUGGUUUCUCAGACCAUUUACUCGUUUUCUUUCGCCAUGGGAACAACUUUCUAUCUCAUUGGUCGGAGCUAUGCUACGAGAAGAUGGUAUCUUUCCAAGUUUGAUGACUUCCCUAAGCAUGUCAAAGCUCUUAUUCCCUUUGUAUUCUAGACAUGUUUCUAUUACCAAACUCUUGUUCUUGAUUAUUUUGUUGUCAAAUUUUCAUUUAUACGUUCGUGAUUGGAAUAAAAGUUUACGAUUUUAAGACGA